AUCGCAACAAUGCUAAUAGAUGUCCAUAAUCAUUUACCAUCUGAUUAUAAAAUUCAUCUCAGGAAUAUGUUAUAUACUAUGUGCGCAUUAGCUCCACAUCAUACUUUUUUUGUACGAAUGAAGCUGACUGAUUUAAAAAUUCUACCCGAAUUUGCCUUGGAAUUGACAUUAACUGCUUGCGUGGACGUGGUAAGGACUUUAAGAUCUCCCUUAUAUUUGGCUGGAAUAUUGGCACGUGAUGCCGAGUGGCUAAAACUCAACCAAGUUAAGGCCGAUACAAUCGCUACUUUGCAAAAUAGGCUUAUGACAAUUUUGAAAAAGGAACUGACUCAGAAAACUAUAUCUCUGCUUCUUACUUCUGUUUUGGCAGAGGAUCGUAUGCGUCCUACGUUUGCAAAUGCAUUUUCCAAGUUGGUAAAUCCUGGGAAUUCAGAUUUGUAUUUGAUUUUUGCAUAUUUGUUUAACACAAAUCAGUUUGAGCAAAUACAAGAAAUUUGCCGCGAAACAUUAACAUUAGAUGUAAUGAUUGCUCCAUUAGAAAAUGAAUCAGAAGCCUUUAUAAGAGCCCAAUUUAAAGAAGACAUAUUAGCAAGAUGCGCGUUGGAUAUUGAACCGACAACUUCAUUUACUGGAUUAGGGUUAUCUAAGGUAUCGCAAGAUAUUGCAUUUGAGGUUUUCUAUGUUAUGCUGACUGGAGGUGUAUUUCACAAAGGCCGUGUUGAUAUUCAAUCUUGGAUAUUGAGACAAAUUUUACAAGCAGAAAUCCCGAUACAUGCCAAAAUUGGGUCUUUAUUGAAAGCAUAUGUUCGCAGGUUAAUAAAUAUUUCUAACAUUUUGGUAGAGAAAGGGUAG